GCGAGGAUAGGGGCGUGGUGUGAGCGGGCCCGCGCGCGAGAGUUUUUGGCGGGCUCGGGAAGAUGGGGCGGCUAUGAGGCGCGGGAGAGAUUCACUGCCUGCCUAGCCUGUCCGGAGAGCUGCCAUGGACGCCGCGUGGAAGAGCGAUCACCUCUGGCUCUGUUUGCUGGCCUUGGGCUUCAACCCGACGCUCCGCUCUCUCGCAGAACUAGGGAGGGAUAUGUUUGAUAUACCAAACAGCAGAGCAUUUUCUGUCAUUGCCCGCUUCUUGUUUACUAAGUUGGAUGAACGCCGUGCAAGAGAAGCUUUCAGGCAAUGUGGAUUGGGAAGAUUAUCAGGUCCUAGAUUUAGGAAGCACUGCUGUCUGUGGCUAAGAGAAAUUUCAAAGCAAAAGGAAGUAGGUCUUCCACAAAUUACAGCAUCCAUACUGAUUUGUCCUGGUGGUGUUAAAUUUGUUGACAUGGUCUACUCAUUUGCAAGAUACGUAAUGAUUGAGGACAUGAAAAAGCUCUCUGUAGGCACUGGUAUACCUUUUGCUGAAGCUGUAAUGCAGGGACCUAAGGAUAUGUCCAUAGCAAAAGCAAGACACAGAGUUGCAUACAAUAAACUGCUGCAAAUUCUUCAAAGGGAAGACUUUGUUCUUCAAGAAUAUAAGAAAAAAGCACAGGUUUUAAUUGGAGAAAUAAAAUGGAUAAAGUCUGAAUAUCCAGUUGUGCAGAAGCAGUCUUGCAGGAUGAAACAAAAUGACCAAAACAAAAGUGACACAACUGAGAGAAUUCAGAAGGUCCGCAAUAUGUGGACACUUAUAGUGGAAAUGUUUACAUCUCUGAAAAAGGAAAAGGAAGUUGUGGAUUCUGUACUUGAAGACUGUGUUAACCCAUGUAUUCUAGAUGGAGCUGGUGUUGUUUUGAGUGUUCCAGGAUUGUUGACUUCCACAGUUGAAAGAAAUAUAUAUGGAUUUUGUACUGGAAAUUUGUAUGAAGAUGGAAACUUGAAUUUCCUAACAGUUAUUCAGUUGUUAAAUGAAGCCUUGAUGACAUUGAGAGAUGAACAUUCUCCAUGUGAAUUAACAGAAGUUCACAGAAUUGAGGAUGUGGUUACAUGCUACAAGAAUGCACUACAGGAGUUGAAGACAAGCAGUCUAAGAAGAAGGGAACAGCAUUAUGAGCCAAAGCAUCAGUCUAUUUCUAGAAAACAGGAGAUCUGGGAAUCCAAGUGGAAAACAUUUCUUGGCCAGUGUCCUUUUAAUUUAAUCUGUAAAGAUGAUCCACAACCAGGUUCAUCACUCCAGUCUUCUAGUUCUUCAGAUGAAGAUGUCUUUUGUCAAUCAUUUUCAGAUAAUUAUGACUCUUGUCAUGAAGAAUAUCAUGGGGAAAAUGAUGAGGCUUUGGAAACCAUGAUGGAUACAACAUUAGUACCCUCAAGUGACUUCAUAGAGCAUGGACAUUUGUCUGCUUCAGAGGCUACAGACAGUGACUUCCACUCUCCUUUCUUGAGACCAUCAGUGCCAGCGUUGUCAAAAGCAUCUGAAAACAGAGACCUGUUAAUUAAAAAUAAUUUGCAUACUUGUGUGGGAAAUGAAAAACCUGUGUCUCCAAAGAUCUUAAUAAAUGGAAAAGAAGAAUACCCCACUUUGGAAAUGGAGAGUGCACAUGAAAAUGUUAGCCAGCCAAAGUCUCCUGUGAAAAAAGAUGACCUUCUUAAGAAAGCCAGAGAUGUACUGGCAGAAGAGAUUGCAAAGUCAGUGAUAUCUGAGUCACCUGACAGUGUUAAAGAAAAAGGAAUGGCGUUAGAUGAUCUCAUUAGCUCCCUGUCCUUUAACCCAUUUUUAACGAGGAAACAAAUACCCCGAACUCCAGAAAAUCUGCUUACUGAAAUUAGAAGUUCAUGGAGAAAAGCUAUUCAGACUGAGGGCUCAUUAGACCUAGAGCUGUCCUCAACUCAAGUGGUGACAGAAGAAUCUUCAAUGGAUGCUAUACCCCGUAUGCAGGGGGAGGUGGACUCCACUUUUGCGUACUCUGACUCUGCAUCACCUGUGUCUGAUUUUGGUCCUGUGUCAGAAAAGAAGUCUCAAUUAAGUUCUACAGAAUCUAUUUCUCAGGACCAGGUGAGCGUAAGUCAUGCACUUGAAUCUUCAGAUUCAAAACCAUCUGGAAUUCAAGAAAGUGAGAGAACUGAAUCAGAGGAACUAGAUUGUUCUGCUCUGAGUGGAAGUUCUGUAGAAAAUCUAAGCCAGACUUUGCAAAAUACAGAGAAGAGCCUGAAUAUUCCAGAUACUUGUUUGAAAAGUAGUAGUAGAGCAAGUACACUACUUUCAGACUGGUGUUGCAGUUUUCCAGUGGAUGAGAUGCUAUGGUGGAAUGAAUCUGUGUUAAAUUCUGUUGAUCAUGAAACUAGUGACAUGGGGAUAUUGGAUGAGACACUUCCAGAAUCUGAUGGUAUAGAUCUCAGCAUAUCUGCAGGUUCAGACUCCGUUUUUUAUGCAGUCGACAGUGAAAAUUUAACAGAUGGCUCAGAAAAUAAUGAUGACAUAAAAAAAUUGGACCUAGAUAUACAGUCACUGUCCAACUCACAUGACGUGCUAAAAAGGACUGCAUCUAAGAGUGAAGAGGAGCUGCAUCAAACACAUAAUGGAGGCAAAUCUGAAAGUUGCAGAGCUGAAGUAAGUACAAUACCAGAAGAAGGAGACGACAAUGAUGGUGAUCCUGCCAUGGAUGAAGGAUUUGCCAAGAUGCCAUUGCCAAGCGCUCCUAAUGAAAGCAAAUAUUCCCUGUCAUCUUUGCUGGUAUCCUGUCAACAGAUGGAUGGUACAUGAAGUCCCAUUAACUUACUACAUAAAUUGAAGGGUAAGAACAGUUGAGUUAGAAGCCUAUGGAACCUUCAUCAGGAUGGAAUUUCUAAAGCAGCAGCAUAACCAUAGCAGUGCAUUUAUGGUUCACUGGAGUGUGUAGCAUCUUCUCCAAGCAUUGUCUGGAUUUGGAAGUUGCACUGCUUUUGGUGCAGACUCUAUUCUAGUCUCCUUGUUUAAGAAUGUCGCUUGUCUGCUCUGGCACUGCCAAUUCCAUAACAUCCACUGUGGCUUUCUGUGUGCAGCCCAUCAUUUAUAUACAGAACUAUAUUUUCUUUCUUUAAGCAUAUUUUAAGCAGCACAUGUUGAGUAAACGGCAUAAUCCUAGGAAAUGGAAAAAUGAAAUAUCAAAGGAGAAAAAGUGAAAUCUGUUAAUUUGCUUCUAAUCCACAUCUCAUACCCCAUCCCAACCCUUGACCGAACAGAUUCAAAUUAUUUGGUGAUCUGCGUUCCAUUGCAUUAAUCUCUCUUACUUCUAGUCUCUAUCGCCAUUGUUGAUAGAGACUGUUCCCUUUUUCUAAACUUCACUGGAGUGCAUUUUUCUUUAGCUGUGUUACUGAAUCAAUGCUUUUACACUGAAGUUAUAAAAAUGUGUUGUUUGUGGUAGUGUUAAUGCUACUUGAUUUUAACAAGAUUUUGACAUGCAGUUACUAUGUUGUGGAGAUUCCAAGAGUUAGGUAAAUUUCUUGUAAAAGUAAAAUUCUUUUAAAAGUACUGACUCCUAGCCUAAUGUGUUUAGAGGCAUUGUUAAAUAAAAAUGUUUUUAUGUUCUGGA